GUCUCUUCCUGGCGGCGCCAUGGCAGCGCAAGAGAGCCUGGAGUUCGGCAAGGCAGACUUUGUGCUCCUCGACGCCGUCUCCAUGCCGGAGUUCAUGGCCAAUCUCCGAAUAAGGUUUGAAAAGGGACGGAUCUACACUUUUAUAGGGGAAGUGGUCGUUUCUGUAAACCCUUACAAGAACUUGAAUAUCUAUGGGCGCGACAUGAUUGAGCAGUACAAAGGGCGGGAGCUGUAUGAGAGGCCGCCCCAUCUUUUCUCCAUUGCGGAUGCGGCAUACAAAGCCAUGAAGAGACGCUCAAAGGACACGUGCAUUGUAAUAUCAGGUGAGAGCGGAGCAGGCAAAACAGAAGCAAGUAAAUACAUCAUGCAGUACAUCGCUGCCAUUACAAAUCCAAGCCAGAGGGCUGAAGUCGAAAGGGUGAAGAACAUGUUGCUGAAAUCCAACUGUGUCCUGGAGGCCUUUGGCAAUGCUAAAACUAACCGCAAUGACAACUCCAGCCGAUUUGGAAAAUAUAUGGAUAUCAACUUUGAUUUCAAAGGAGACCCAAUAGGUGGGCACAUCAAUAACUACUUGCUGGAAAAAUCACGAGUGAUUGUGCAACAGCCAGGAGAGCGGAACUUUCACUCCUUCUACCAGCUACUCCAAGGAGGUUCUGAACAGCUUCUGCGUUCUUUACAUCUGCAUAAGGAUUUGUCUGCAUAUAGCUAUAUUGGUGCUGGAGUACAACUAAAGUGUUCUAUUAAUGAUAGUGCUGACUUCAAAGCUGUUGCUGAUGCCAUGAAAGUGAUUGGGUUUGAACCAGAGGAGAUUCAGACAGCAUACAAAAUUCUUGCUGCCAUUCUGCAUUUGGGCAAUUUGAAAUUUUCUUUGGAUGGUGAGACACCAGUGAUUGAAAACAGCAAAUUAGUAUCUGUCAUCGCAGACCUGUUGUCAACCAAAGCUGAUAUGGUGGAGAAAGCCCUGCUUUUCCGAACGGUCGCUACUGGCCGUGAUGUUAUUGAUAAGCAGCAUACAGAGCAGGAAGCUACCUAUGGCAGAAAUGCAUUUGCAAAGGCAACAUAUGAGCGCCUCUUCUGCUGGAUUGUAACUCACAUCAAUGAUGUGAUUGCAGUGAAAGACUACAACAGCACCGUUCAUGGAAAAAACACAGUCAUUGGGGUCCUGGAUAUCUAUGGCUUUGAGAUCUUUGACAAUAACAGUUUUGAACAAUUCUGCAUUAAUUACUGCAAUGAGAAGCUGCAACAGCUCUUCAUCCAGCUCGUUUUAAAGCAAGAGCAGGAGGAAUACCAACGCGAGGGGAUUCCCUGGAAGCAUAUUGACUACUUCAACAACCAGAUUAUUGUUGAUCUAGUGGAGCAGCAGCAUAAAGGGAUCAUCGCUAACCUGGAUGAUGCGUGCAUGAACGUUGGAAAAGUCACUGAUGAGAUGUUCCUGGAGGCUCUAAAUAACAAACUGGGCAAGCAUGCUCACUUCUCCAGCAGAAAGCUUUGUGCCAUGGACAAAACCCUGGAAUUUGAGAGAGAUUUUCGGAUUAAGCACUACGCUGGAGAUGUUAUCUACUCGGUCACUGGUUUCAUUGAUAAAAACAAGGAUACCUUAUUUCAAGAUUUCAAACGCCUGAUGUAUAACAGCUCAAAUCCUGUGCUGAAGAAGAUGUGGCCAGAAGGCAAACUGAGCAUCACAGAGGUGACUAAGCGGCCACUGACUGCUGCUACCCUUUUCAAGAAUUCAAUGAUUGCUUUAGUGGACAACCUGGCAUCUAAGGAACCAUACUAUGUCCGCUGCAUUAAACCCAAUGACAAGAAGUCUCCACAGUUAUUUGAUGAGGAGCGAUGCAGACAUCAGGUGGAAUAUCUUGGGCUCCUGGAGAAUGUGAGGGUCCGACGGGCAGGAUUUGCCUAUCGCCAAACAUAUGAGAAAUUCCUUCACAGGUACAAGAUAAUCCACGAAUUUACUUGGCCAAAUCACAAGCUUGCAUCAGAUAAAGAAGCUGUAAAGAAACUGAUUGAGCAAUGUGGGUUCCAAGAUGAUGUGGCUUAUGGGAAGACCAAAAUUUUCAUUCGAACACCACAGACACUCUUUACAUUGGAAGAACUGCAUGCCAAGAUGCUUGCAUUUGUGGUUCUCUUCCUGCAGAAGGUUUGGAGGGGCACACUGGCUCGCCUUCGAUACAAGAGGACCCGAGCUGCACUCAAGAUCAUCAAGUGCUACCGCCAGUACAAAGUGAAGUCUUAUAUUUGUGAGGUUGCCCGGCGAUUUCACAAUGUGAAGUCUAUGAAGGAUUAUGGGAAGCAUGUGAGAUGGCCUAGCCCACCUAAAGUGCUGCAGCGGUUUGAUGAGGCCCUACAGGCAAUCUACCACAGGUGGAGAGCUUUUGAACUUAUCAAAAAAAUCCCACCCAGUGAUCUUCCUCAGAUCAGGGCAAAGGUGGCAGCAAUGGAGUUGCUGAAGGGUCAUCGAAGUGAUAUUGGGCUCCAGAGAGCCUGGCAAGGCAACUACUUACUUGCAGGUAUUCCAAAUAAUUCUCAAGCUGCAAGAUCAUUCAGUCCAAUUGCCUCUGAGUUGCAAAGAAAGGACAAGUUUAUGAAUGUUCUUUUCUCAUCUCAUGUCCGCAAGAUAAAUCGCUUCAACAGAGUAGAAGAUAGAGCGAUUUUUAUCACUGACAGGCACCUGUAUAAGAUGGACCCUGCAAAGCACUACAAAGUAAUGAAAAGCAUCCCACUGUACAAUCUGACAGGACUGAGCAUCUCCAAUGGAAUGGACCAGCUUGUGGUCUUCCACACAAAGGACAACAAGGAUCUAAUUGUGUGCCUCCUCAGCAUGCAUCCACUCAAUGAGAGCAGAAUUGGAGAGUUGAUUGGAGCUCUGGCAAAUCACUUUAAAAGUGAGAAACGUCUCCUGCACGUGAGCAUCACCAACCCAGUCCAGUGCAGCUUGCAUGGUCGGAAAUGCACCAUCUCUGUGGAAACCAGAAUCAACCAGUCGGAACCAAACUUCAUCAGAAAUCGCACAGGCUUCCUUCUCUCUGUGCCUGGGAAUUAGCACUACUUCUGCUAGGGGAGGGAAAUAGGAGAGAGGCUCAGCACACACACCUGCUCCUGGGCCAGCCUCUGUUCCUCUUGUGCUUUGACUCUUGCAAGGCUGGGAGAAAGGAGGAGGGUUGCCAAGAUAUUUGUCUGUGGCAGACAUCUAGACAUCUACAAAACUACCUUUAGCAGGAGCUUAAACCCACCCCCACCAUUAUAUCAGCCAUGAAAUUAAAAACGACUUCUGAGCCAAUUUGUACCAAAGUGCCUUUCAUUAAUAUUCUUUUGCCUCUCCUGUGCUCCCUCCACCUUAUACCUAAGGUGGGAUGUCUAAUGAAUUGCCCACAUUUGGAUGAACAAAAAUCUUCUAUGGCACCUUGUUGGAUUUCAGAAAGACCAAAUCUUACCUUUAAAUGGGAACUUUACAGGAGAGAUUGCUUCCACAAGGCAGGGCCACAGGGCUGGCCGUAGUUUCCCAAAGGGCUGCCCCACCUCAUGCAUCUUUUUGUUCAAGCAGGUUUUGUUUGAACCCUAAGCAUUGCAUUAAUCCUUCAGACUGGGUAUUGGCUGUUUUUCUGGGUUGGUUGUUGUGGUGCAGUGCAGUACCUUACUAACCUUGCAUUGCAUUCCUGUAAGAGCUUUAGGUGAUUCUGCUGGGCACCAGCAGACACUUGAACACAAGCUUUGAAAUGUAUUUGCAGACUUUUCCCAGUCCCCUUUUGUGUAUGGUUUGGCACAGAUUCUCCUGCAUGAUUUUCUUGCAAAUGCUGCUGUUAGUGCAUAAUGUGCUUUUUCAAGCACCUGGCAACAAUUCAGCCAGUGUACGUGCCUUUUGUUGGUUAUACAGCAUUUUGUUGAAUAGUGAUGCAGCCUUAUGAACAGAUUUUUAUUUCUUCUAGUACCCAAAAAGGUAUGCUUUAUUUAACACUUAUGGGAAACUCUUCCAGCAUCUUGAAACACAGGAAGAGAUAUCCUAUCUGGGGCAAUAAAGAAACCAGCAAACAGAGAGGAACUGUCUGGCCCCAUCCAAUAUUCUACUGCCUUUGUGACCCAGCUUUCCAGUAAAGGAGCAUUGGUGGUGCGGAUAUUGUUAAAGCCCAGUCUUGGAACAUAUGGGGCAGGCUUUCAGCUGAGAGGUAGAUAUGUAGAGGGCAGGGAUCAAUACUGUCAGGACCAAAACAGAUCUGAGGCAGCAAACAGCUCUUUGACCUCUUGGCUGGGAAUCCACACUCUGAUCCAUCUCCCCUGCCUCCCUUGCAGCUGGCACAGAAAAGAUGGUGCUGGGUGCUUCUUGGAGGUUAGAAAAUUGACCUUGGAGGAGGGGGAAAAGGAGGCAGUGAGGGGAGGAAAUAAGCUGUCUAGCUUAACGGUAGAGCAGGAGGCACAGGGAGGCAAAUAGCACCUUCUGUCCUGUUCUGGAUGCUCACAGGCAUCAGAGGCACAUUCAGUAGGAUUGCACCCUAAAACCUUUGGCCAGUUUCAGCUAGAGAAAUGUAAGCCAGAAAAAUAAAACCCUGGGCCAUUAUUCAUCCUAGCAUUCAUUCCCACAUCCAUCGUCAAGCACAUCCAAGCUGACAGGUAUUCAGGAUGACCUGACUCUUCCUUCCUUCUGAAAAGAAAGUUGGCUCUUGGCUAGUCCUGCCAACCAGAUGAAAAGUUUGUUCUCCAUUCCCUGUUGCCAAAAACAAAAUGGCCAUGUCUACCUUCAUCCCAUCCUCUUUCUUUGCUUUUCUCUUAAUUACCAGUGUGCCUUCCAACUUGCACUUGGAUAGCAGCCAAAUUAGAUGCUUUUUAAUUAGCACUUUUAUAUGGUUUCUUAGCAUAAUGACUGGAUUUGAAUAAUGACAGAAGAGAAUUGUGUGGCAAGGAAGUCCUUUCAAAUUUGUAAAAUUGGCUACAUCGUAUAUAAUGAAUUAACUGAAUACACAGUAUUUCUGAUUCAUAUCAGUGUGUGUGUGUGAGAGAGAGAGAGAGACAGAGAGAGACAGAGAGAGACAGAGAGAGACAGAGAGAGAGAGAGGCCAGUUCACAUGAUUACCAUGGACUAAACAAGAAACAUGUCAAGUCACAGUUGCCUGUCCAUCCACACAACUGAUUAACUAGUCCUCAAAUAACCCAACAACAGCCCAUUGGUUUUUUCACUUUCCAGCAAGCCAUGCCAUCCGAGAUCAGACAAUGCAACACGCUGCAGAUGGGGGAUCAGGAAAAUGGUGCCCAGCACACACUGUGGCUUGAACUAUGGUGAUUGUGUAAAUCAGGUCAAAAACUCCAGGUAUAUUUCUAGAUUUUUCUAUAAACUAAUUUUCAUAAUUGUACACUUGAUUUUUAUGCCUGAGAGAGUAAUGUAAUGAAUAUUUUAAAAUGUAGUUUAUAUGAAAAUGUGGGCAACAACCCAAAUGUAUUUUGUUUACAUAAUUAAUUGCAAUAAAUAAAAAGAGCCUCAUUUAUACCUAA